GUCGAAGAGCUUGAAUGGAUUAUAAGCUCUAAGUCUUUUUUUUUUCUAGUGGGUGCCUUAUCAAAAAUAAAACCGUGAGGAUCAUGAAGCCAUAGUUAUUUGAAAAUUACCAAUACCCUCAGAGUUUAACAAAAAUAUGUCUCCUGAAAACAUGAAAAAAAGGUAUUGGAAGUUGUCGCUGAUGGUUCACCCAGACAAAUGCUCUCACCCUCAAGCUCACCAAGCAUUUGUUAAGUUGAACAAAGCAUUUAAGGAUUUACAAGAUCCUGAUAAGGCUGCCAUUAAAUUGAAGUUGAAGAUGCCUCAACACGAGAGAAGAAGUUUUCAUCAUGUGAGACAUUUGCAGCUAUCUAAUGUAAAGAUACUUGGUUGUAAAAUAGAAUACUUUAUGCAAGGGAGCUUUGUAUAUUUUGUUGUAAAUUAUCCAAACAAAUGAAAAUUUUCUUCCAAG